GGCUGACACCCUCAAGCCAUAUUUCCAAUCCCACUAGCCAUUCCGUCGGUCAAGUUAUUGUGCUUACUGUUACAGGACCUGGCCUGGUGCCCGGCCGACGCCCAUUUUUAUUGUGCUGACUGACUGAUUGUCACCACAUUUCAACAGAUCAAUUCCAGAAAUGUCACUACGAACUUCCAUGACUACGCUCCCCCGGCAGGCGUUGGGGAGAACCUGUUGGAGAACACAACGUCGAUAUCGCUUUCAAGUUAUGGCGAACAGCAAUGGCGUGGGAUGGCAACAACGGCUCCGCCUGUCACUCAGGACUCAAUGGGAUCAAAGGGCCCGACAGCCAUGGUAUUCCUGAACAUGGGGGGUCCUCAAACAACACAAGAUGUUGGCGAUUACUUGAGCAGAUUAUUUGCAGAUCCCGAUAUAAUACCUCUCGGCCGGCUCCAGUCAUACUUAGGACCCCUCAUCUCCCAUCGUAGGACACCCAAAAUCCAAAAGCAAUAUGCUGCUAUAGGAGGGGGCUCACCGAUUAGAAAGUGGUCUGAGUACCAAUGCAAGGAGAUGUGCAAGAUCCUCGACAAGAUAUCCCCAGAAACUGCACCGCACAAACCGUACAUUGCUUUCCGAUACGCGGCCCCAUUGACAGAAACUACCUAUACACAGAUGAUCCAAGAUGGAUUUGGUGGAGGCAAAGGAGGUCGGGCAGUGGCGUUUACACAAUACCCACAGUAUUCUUGCUCCACAACGGGCAGCUCAUUGAAUGAACUAUGGAAGUGGCGUAACCGAUUGGAGGGCAAGCGCGCGACUGGGCGAGGCGAGACAGAGGGAGCCAUCCAAUGGAGUGUCAUUGACCGAUGGCCUACGCAUUCGGGCUUAAUAGAGGCAUUCGCUCAGAACAUUGAAAAACAACUUGCGACAUACCCUGAAGCAAGGAGAAAUGACGUCGUUCUCCUAUUCUCUGCUCAUAGCUUGCCUAUGAGCGUUGUCAAUCGAGGAGAUCCAUACGCAGCAGAAGUCGCUGCAACCGUCCAUGCAGUCAUGCGACGACUCAACUUCUCGAACCCCUAUCGCCUCUGCUGGCAAUCCCAAGUCGGCCCUUCAGCCUGGCUGGGAGCCCAAACCAGCGAUACGGUUCGAAACUACGUGGAGAAAGGACAUACAGACCUUCUCCUAGUUCCCAUCGCCUUUACCAGCGACCAUAUCGAAACCCUUUUCGAACUAGAUCAGGAAGUCAUUCAUGAGGCCAACAGCCCCGGCGUCAAACGAGUUGAGAGCCUGAAUGGGAGCACGGUUUUCAUCCAGGGGCUUGCGGACAUUGCUGCUGCACAUCUGCGCAGCGGACAAACUUGCUCCCGCCAGAUGACGCUACGGUGCCAGGGCUGUACCAGUGAAAGGUGUCUGGAACAGAAGAAAUUUUUUGCCGGAUCUGACUUGGCGGCUCUUGUACGAUAGCUAGAGUGAAAGGAAUUGUUUUUUUCUUUUUUAAUUUCUAUUCGUCAGGUUUCACAUAUGCGUAUUUAGGCGUGUGAUUAUACUCUUGGGUGUUGGACGAAUGAAUAGGCAUAUCACCUUGUAUCAACUUGAAACAAUUUUGAUAUAUCAAUAUAUCAAUAUACCCUGAAUCUAUCGCCUUAGAAUUCAAAAGAAAAGUCCCGCAUUA